UCCACCUGUACACGGUGAGCGGAAGCAAAGAUGGCGGUGUUUCUGUAACGCAGGGAGACGGAGGAUCAACGUCAACACGCAGAAAUAACAAGAAAACAGACUUUACAGCUUUCCGUUGAAUUAAGGACAUAUUUAGUUACAGUUAUUGAAGUGUAUCUGUUUGUAACGCCGUGUAUUUCCGAUAUUGUGUUACAUUAAUAAUGACAGAGCAAUAACAACACAGGACAGGAGGAGGGCAGGAAGGCAGGAGUGCCGGAGACGAGAUUUGGGUUGUUUUUGGGUUCCCGAAAUGUGUUUCAGGUAAUCACUUCCUGAGUUCCUUUAUUUUCCGUUGCAAUGUCGUCCACCGCAACCGUCCCAGCACUCGACAACCUCUCCGUGUCCUCACUGCUGUCUGGGGAGCUGGAGGAUGGGAAUGAGGGCGAGGACGGUGAGCUGGGUGACCUGGAAGUGAACCCUUACGAUAGUUUGCCCUUCUCUUCGCGUUAUUACGCGCUGCUGGAGGAACGACGGACUCUGCCCAUCUGGGGACUGAAGUAUAAUUUGCUCGAGCUUCUGGAGACUCAUAGCAUGGUGGUGUUGAGUGGAGAGGCCGGCCUGGGCAAGAGCACACAAGUGCCCCAGUGGUGUGUGGAGUAUGCUCUCUCUCUGCAGUUUACCCAGGGCCUAGUUUGUUGCUGUCAGCCAUACUCAGAAGCAGCUUGCAGCUUAGCCAUUCGUGUCGCGGAUGAGAUGGACCUGAGUCUGGGGCUUGAAGUUGGUUACAGGAUCCCUCACGAUGACGGCUGCACACCAGACACUUUACUACGUUUUGUCACGGACACACUGCUUCUGGAGGAGAUGAUGUCGGACCCUCUGCUGAGGCGCUAUGGAGUUCUGGUGGUGGAUGAGGUGCAGGAACGCACCGUGGCCAGUGACGUGCUCCUGGGUCUGCUGCGUGACGUGUGCCGGCAGCGUACAGAGCUCCGCGUGGUGGUUCUCGCAACUCCUCCGGUGGCUAAUACCAUUGCUGAUUUCCUGGGCGAGGAAGUGCCUCACCUCAAAGCCCCCCCUGCACCAGGCCGGGCUGCUGCAGAAACGCUGUACAGAGACCAACCAGCUGGCAGAGAGCCGGCCACAGCUGCAUGCCACAUGGUCCUGGAUCUCCACCGACGAGGAGAGGAAGGAGAUAUACUUGUCUUCCUGCCCAGUGCACAGGACAUCAGUGAUUGUUCGGCUCUGUUGGAGAAGGAGUGUGUAGCUCUGAGCCCACAGCUGGGCGCGCUGCAGGUUCUGCCGCUCCACCUGAGCCUCGAUGCAGCCGCUCUGUACGUUUACACGCCAGACGGAGAUGACAGCCAAGCUGAAACAAAAGAAGAAAACAAGGCUGGACCGUGUUUAAAACGCAGGGUCAUCCUUUCAGACGCUCUGGGAGAAGCCUCGUUCUCUUUGCCCUGCAUUCGUUACGUCAUCGAUACAGGAUUGGAACUCAAAACAGUGUACAAUCCCCAGAUUCGAGCUGACUCCCAAGUCCAGCGGCCAAUCAGCAAACACCAAGCUGACGCCCGCUCUCAGAGAGUGAACAGCACAUUGCCAGGAGUAUGUUUUCGUCUCUACCCCCAAUCCCUUUAUGAAGAGGGAAUGCCUGAAGCUCGGUGUCCCGGAGUAGCUGAGGCUAACCUGAGCCACCUGGUCCUCUUUCUCAAAAGACUGGACAUCGCCGACAUGGGCCAGUGCAAGUUCCUGGAUCGGCCAGCACCAGAGGCACUGAUGCAGGCUCUUGAGGACUUGGAUUACCUGGCUGCUCUAGACGAUGAUGGCAACCUGUCGGAGGUGGGCAUCAUCAUGUCCGAGCUUCCUCUGGAGCCACCACUGGCCAGAGCCCUUAUCGCAGCCUGCGAGUUUGACUGCGUCAGUGAACUUUUGACCAUCGCUGCGAUGCUUACAGCUCCACCAUGCUUUGCGACACCUCCAACCAAUAAAGAGGAAGCAGCGUUAGCUCAUAGACGCACACUUUUGCACCAAGAUGGAGACCAUUUGACCCUUAUUAACAUCUACAAUGCCUACUUACAGCACAACGAGGACGAAGCCUGGUGUAACACUAACUUCCUGAAUGCAACUUCACUGCGAUUGGCUGUGGCUAUAAGGGCGGAGCUACUCGAGGUGAUGCAGCGAAUCGAAUUGCCUGUUUCACCGCCUGCUUUUGGCUGCCAGGACAAUACUACUAAUAUAAAACGGGCUCUCAUCUCCGGGUUCUUCCUUAAGGUUGCCCAUGAUGUGGAUGGCUCAGGGAAUUACUUACUGUUGACACACAGACAUGUGGCUCACCUACACCCCUUCUCCUCUUACUUGAGCCGACGGCCACAACCCAAUCCCCCCAGCUGGGUCCUCUAUCACGACUUCACUAUCUCUCAUGACAACUGCAUCUGCAUCGUCACUGCAGUUCAUCCGCACAUGUUGGUAGAACUAGCCCCACAGUACUAUUUGGAGAACCUUCCCCCCAGCGAAGGCAGAGACCUAUUAAUGGACAUCAGACAGAGUGUUUUCCCACCAGAGGAGCAGGAGAACGGCGAGGCUGAACAUGAGCGAUCUGGAGAGCAUCGAGACCAUCACAGUACAGAGAUGUGUGUUCUGCAGUGAUACACUCAGGGGUACACCAGACCCUCAAGUUGCACUUCGGGAUUUUCUGAGCCGAAUAUUUUACACGUAAAAAAAUAAAAUAAAAUAGAUAUAGCGGGUUUGGGUUUGGGUUUGGUGUAGCACAUAAAAGCAAGCGCUGAGCAGAAUUUAACUGUAGCUAUAACGAAUCAGAAAUGCACAAUUUCAGCUUUUACACAGCACAGAAUCUGCACAGAUUCAACUUCAGUUAGUUUCUUUCAUUUUUGCUAUGACGUGCUUGUCUUAGACCAGACAAGCUCAUGUGAUGUCUACUUGAUCCUGUUUAUGCAGGAAAAACGGCACAGAUUCAAAUACUGGAAACACUCGAGCAAUAAUAAGCAUGAUGUCAAGACCUGAGCUCUUUCUACACCUAAAUCACAAUAUUUAUAAAUCUUCUAAUGGAUGGUUUAAACUUCGAACACGUUUUACAAACACACUACAUUUAUUGAGACGAGAAUUUCAGCUUAAUCAGAUCUUAUAAUGUUUUAAUCCAGACUGUAUAUUUUGCUCUCUAUUGUCUUUUUGUGAACAGAUGAAACGCAGGUCUUUCCCCUGUCCUCUUUAAAUGGAUGUAUAAAGUAUUUUAAUUAGAAUAAUAAUUCAGGAUAACCUGAGCCUCGAGAUCCUUUUCUGGAUUCUCCUCAGGGUUGUUUACACAAACCCUUUUGUUGGACGAUGCUUCCGUUUUAUUGCCGAAGGAUGUUUUUUUUUUCUUACUAAGUACUCUUUGUAGUUCGUUUUUAUCUUUUUCUGAACAAACCCGCGGCUACUUUAGUUAAUUUAUCGAGGUUCAGUGUGUAAAUUAUAGGUGUAAAUACUUAUUCACUCAAAAAACACAACAAAAAUCUGUGCUUUAUAGGCAAGCUGUUUCUCUCUCUCUCUCUCUCUCUCUCUCUCUCUCUCCUCUCCCUCAGCAUCUUGUACACAAACCUGCUCAUGAGAUGUAGAAAUAAGACUUUUUGGGACAUGUAAUAAAAACACCACAUUUCUGCUGUUCACAGUCGAUGGGAUUCUUUUGAUCUUGCAAAGAACAUCAUUAUUAUUGUUUUAAUGUAAAGUGAAAAUAUUUCCAGCCAAAGUAAAAUAAAAAUCUGAAGUAAAUCCAAGUAA